AGAAGGGACAAUAAGACUAUCAUAGCUUGUGGUUUCACGCACAGUCCCCUGUGGACGACGCCACAACUCUCAUCAGUUUAUAAGGUGAAUCUCUCGUCUUCAAAACAGCGUAGCAUAUUCCUUCAUUGCCCUUCAUGGAACCUGUUACGCGACUCACGUCUGUCGAACUUCCGACUGAGCUAGUCCUCAUGAUCCUAAAAUACGCUGCCACGCCAACGUUCUCUCAAGCCGAAAAAUAUGAUGCCAAAAAUCCAUACGCAUCCGCAUUGGCGCUCUGUCGCGUCUCUAGGGAUGUCCGGCGCGCCGUGCUUCCCGAAUUGCUGCAUACAGUAUUACUCCCGGAAAAUCGCCACUUGACAGCUUUCCUGCAUGCUCUACGAAUGCAGAAAGAAUACGCUCAGCAGGGCCAUCACCUUCAUUUUGAGUACGCACCUCACGUACACAGGAUUUGGAUUGAAAAUAUCCAGAAGCAAGCCCUGCAAGCUCACUGGCCCAAUAGCGUCAGCCUCAUGGCUCCAGUUCUACUCGGUGCAGAGUCCUUUGCGACAGACUUGUCAAGUCUGUUCCUUCUUUCAGGCUGCCUUGAGCAUGCAUGGAACUCCCGCAAGAAUAUAGCCCUCGAAUGCUCCCAACUUCCUUGGAGGACAAGGACUUUGACGUUCUCGCAUGUCACAUUUUUGACUCCACAGCGCCCCCUCGGGUUUACUCCCCAAGGACGUGCCUUCCUUGCUUCCAUCUCUCACGUAGUCUCUCUAUCUCACCCACAAGCCGCACAUAUGCACCUCCUGCAUCGCAAUGUGGGCCUUCUAGGACCUGGAGAACACAUUCUGCCUCCGUGGAUGAUGCAGACGUCAUGGAAUUCUUUCACGGCCCUUGCGACCAUCUCACUGGCCGUCCCGCAUAUCGAACUCCCUGUCGGUGCAAGCACGUUUGGCGCGGCGAACAUGCCAGUACAGCUGUUGACAUUCCCCUCCAGUGCGUUUCCUCGGAGUAGAGAUCAUUUUUCGCAGGACGAUGUUCAAGUAACGAUCUCGCAUACUCGCAUACAUUAUUGUUCAGCUUGUCAAGAUUGGGAGAAGGCUUGGGCAUUCGGAUUAUGUGAUUGACAAGGGACGUUAUAGACUCGUAUUGUAUGUAUAAACGCACAUAUUCGUUGUACUAAGACUUGUCAACACUCGCGUGACUCGUCGACAAUUCAUUCUUUAGACUUGUAGACUCCGUGUCUCAUUCCUUUCUCUCUUUGAACUUCGAUGACAAUGUUUACUUCGGUUCUUGCGUUUCACUCCAGUUCAUAGAUAUACCAUAUAUUGUUGUGUACCUAGGCUGUUUUCAGAUCACUUUGAAGCUAUUCACGGCCACCUUAGUUUAGAAGCGCCGCC